AAGGUACAUAAUAAAUAGUACACAACUAAUUACAACAUACUGGUAACAAAAUUAGAGAUACGUAUAAAGUUUUAACAUAUUGAGUUUCAUAAACAUCAUAGUUGCAUUUUUUUUAAGUUAUUUAAAAGAAUUUAAUGUGCUUUGUAGUCAAAAGGUUUGUCAGAAAUGGUUAAAAUUGCUCUACAACUUAAAUUAAAUUUGGAAAAUCUUACAGACUUGAUACCAGAGGGGGAAGAUUUUCGUUGGUAUGUUAAGGUUAAAUGUUCAAACUGCCAAGAAGAGUCAAAAGCGUUUGUUUAUUUGUCACUUUUGGAAAGUAGCCCAUUAAAAGGAGGUCGUGGUCAAGCUAGUCUUGUAUCUAAAUGUAAACUGUGCUCAAGGGAAAACUCAAUUGAUAUUUUGAAGGAUACAAUAACAUCAUACAACCUUGAGGAUAGCAAUUCUUUCAAGACAAUUGUCCAAUUUGAUUGCAGAGGCAUGGAACCAAAUGAGUUUUCUGCAAGGACUGGAUGGGUGGCCAAAGGAGCAGAAACCUCUACCAAAUUUAAUGUUGAUUUAACAGAGGGAGAUUGGUGUGAUUUUGAUGAAAAAGCUGGCCAAAGUGUUGGCGUUUAUGAAAUCGAAUCCCGGUUUAUAAAAGCUUAGCUGAUUUCUUAGAAUUAUAAACUUUAGUUGCAAGUUUAACAUCGUAUUGGGUUUUUUUUUACUUCUUCUAAAGCCGUAACAUGUUUUUAUUUUUA